AUGUGGGGCGCUCAACGCAUGCAUUUCAAGGAUGGAGUGCGUAUCGAAGUGGACGUACGAACUAGGCGGCUGGAUGUUCUCGCCUCAGCCGGACGGAUGGAUCCUAUCAGUGCAUUCGCCGUACGAAUCGCUCUCGAGAAGAUCGCAAUGGCCUUGAGGGCCUUCCAGAGUACCUCUGUCAAAGCACUCGUUAAGGAACAGCGGUCAUUCGGUUUCUGGAGCCCUCGGAGGAAUAUUAUUUGCUAUCUAUCCUCGACGCACACCGUGCGCCGGGAGCAGGCCGCUUUCAAAGCUGAUCGAAGUGCAGUUUCACGCCAAUAUCUUGUCGGCUGGCUUCAACGCCAGAUUGCUGAGCAGAAACGCGUAGACUUGGCUACCUCAGGCUCAUCUGUCUACCCUGAUACCCAUACGAUUCCUGCACCAUCCAAGGACGCAUCUGCCCCUGAAGUAAAACCCAUUCCCCCCGUCGAUACGAAGAAGCAGAAAAAGCACAUCAAACAAAUCCUUCUCGAUCGCGGUAAUGCCAAUUACACGUGUAAUUUCAAGUCGACUAACGUUUGUUCAGCGUAUGAAAAGGCCGGGCAUCUUAAAACGGCAGUGCAAAAUGGAUUGCCGAUGCUUGCUGUUGACGUUCCGAAUGCGGUCUUUGAUACCCUGUGAAGAAUGCCUCCUGGAUCACCGAUGAAGAGACCUGGAAGUGAAUUACAGCGUCCAUGCCUACUAUUUACAUGACGUAUGCUCAACAAAUU